GGGGGCCUCUUUACUAUGGGUGGGCGGAGCCAGGUGGGAGUGGGCCUGUUUAACACAGAUGCGCUCCUCCGUGCGCCCUGCGUUCAGCGGCGAGUGGACCCGGGCACAGCACAGCAGACACACGGCACCAUGACUGCACCCAACAACACCUACGAUGUUAUAGUGAUCGGAGCGGGCAUUUCAGGUUUGAGCGCUGCGAAGCUAUUAAAAACGAGUGGGCUGAAUGCUGUGGUGCUGGAAGCCAGGGAUCGGGUUGGUGGUCGCACCUUUACUGUGAGGAACAAGGAGACAAAGUGGGUCGACCUUGGGGGGGCCUACGUUGGACCAACUCAGAACCGUAUUCUACGCUUGGCUAAAGAAUACGGCAUUAAGACCUACAAAGUCAACGAGGAGGAACACCUUGUGCAUUAUGUCAAUGAAAAGUCGUACCCGUUCAAAGGCUCCUUCCCUCCUAUGUGGAACCCCAUUGUUUAUAUGGACUUCAACAACCUCUUCAGGACAAUGGAUGAGAUGGGCAAGGAGAUUCCCAGAGAGGCGCCCUGGAGAGCUCCUCAUGCUUUAGAGUGGGACAAUAUGACCAUGCAGCAACUGUUUGAUAAAAUCUGCUGGACCAGUGCUGUUCGCCGCUUUGCCACCCUGUUUGUCAACGUGAACGUGACGUCUGAACCCCACGAGGUGUCAGCCCUGUGGUUCCUUUGGUAUGUUAAACAGUGCGGAGGGACAAUGAGGAUCUUUUCCACCACUAACGGGGGGCAGGAGAGGAAAUUUGCGGGCGGCUCGAGUCAGAUCAGUGAGUGCAUGGCCAAAGAGCUUGGUGAAAGAGUGAAGCUGCAGUCGCCGGUCCACAGGAUCGACCAGAGCGGAGACAGGGUGGUGGUAGAGACAGUGAACAAACAGACUUACACUGCCCAAUAUGUUAUUGUGGCCACUCCACCUGGUCUGAUCCUGAAGAUGCACUUUAACCCCGAGUUGCCCCCACUCAGGAACCAGCUGAUCUACCGUGUCCCCAUGGGCAGCGUCAUCAAAUGCAUGGUCUACUACAAGGAGAACUUCUGGAGGAAAAAGGGUUACUGCGGCACCAUGGUGAUUGAGGAGGAGGGGGCUCCUAUAGGCUUGACUCUGGAUGACACAAAGCCUGAUGGGACUGUGCCUGCUAUUAUGGGAUUCAUCCUGGCUCGCAAGUGCAGAAAGCUGGCAGAUCUGACCAAAGAGGAGAGGUUGAGGAGGAUCUGUGAGAUUUACUCCAGAGGGUUGGGCUCAGAGGAGGCUCUCCAUCCGGUGCACUAUGAGGAAAAGAACUGGUGUGAGGAGGAGUACUCUGGGGGCUGCUACACAGCUUAUUUUCCUCCUGGAACUCUGACCCAGUUUGGCAGGGUUCUGAGGGAGCCUGUUGGCAGGUUGUACUUUGCAGGAACAGAGACAGCGUCAGAGUGGAGUGGCUACAUGGAGGGGGCUGUGCAGGCUGGGGAGAGGGCAGCCAGAGAGGUCUUGUGUUCAAUGGGUAAAAUCCACCAGAGUCAGAUUAACCAACCAGAGCCCGAGAGUCAGGAAGUUCCUGCACUCCCAUUUGUCACCAGCUUCUGGGAGAGGAAUUUGCCCUCUGUCGGUGGUUUCCUCAAGUUCAUGGGAGUCUCCACCGUCCUGUCUGCUGCUGCUGCAGCAGGCCUUGUGGCCUACAAAAAGGGCCUCUUCCCCAGGAGUUAAACUGCAUACACCAAUCUCACUCUUCUGCAACCUAAGAGGACACAACUCAAUAGAAACUGUAUUCAUGCACUUCUGUUUUUUGAAUUCUUUAUUGGAGGUGAUGGUUAGGAACACUGGGCUAUGGAAGACUGUUUAAACCAUGCAAAAACAGUGAUACACUUUGAGUUUCAGUGCCGAGUGCAAAGAGUGACAGGAUAAUUAGCAGUUAUGCCAUAUAGUCUUACAAGAUCUAGCUGUUUAAUUAGCACUUAUUCUGUAAAUCAGAUUACUAAACCAAUGAAGGAAAAACAAUCAGAAAUCUCAAGACUAAAAAUAUUGUCAAUUAUAUUUUACAUAUUCAUCAUUCUUUUACGCAGUGGUGGGCACAGUCCCGCUAAUCCUCUAAUAGCGGAACUAAUCUUUCUCUUUGCGUUUAUGCCAACUUUGGAAACUGUUGGCGCGGCGCUGAUGGUGUAGGGGUUAAGCGCGCGACCAUAUGCGGAGGCUACUGUCCUCGAACCGGCCGUCCUGGGUUCGAGUCCAAGACCCAGCGACAUUUGCUGAAUUUCUCCCCCUCUCUCUACCCCUCUUUGCUGUCUGCCUACUGUCAAAAAGUUUAAAUAAAAAGGCCACUAGUGCUGAAAAAAUAUCCAAAAAAAAAACUUCAGAAACUAUUAGCUGACCACUUAGCUUCCAUGAAAUAAGAUUUUGCUAGCUUUAAGGCCACCAACAAAAUUCACAAGUUUGUUCCUUCUGUUGUGGACAUGUCUCGAAGAGUCUAUUAAGCAUGCUAUUAGUCUAUGUUACAUGCCUGCCACUCCCUCGGCUCCUUUUUUUCUGACUGGACAAGGGAGUAGGGCAGUAACAAGUGAGUGUGCUUGCUGACGGAGCACACUGUAAGGCGGGGAGCUACCUUCAGUGUCAGUUCACUGUUUCAAAUCCAUUAGGUAAUGGUUAUCCGACUAGAACAGCCAGCCUGCGUAGUCAGUCGCCUGUCAGAUGCUCAGUUCAAUAGAGUUUUUAUUUUAUUAAUUAUUUUUUAAGAUUUUUUAAGAUUUUUUAUUUUUUUUUUACAAAACAAAAAGCAAACUGCAGCCUGGCAAAAACACAACUGUUUUACUUUUCAACAAAAUACUAAUCUGUAACUGCUGCAGCAACUCCACACACACGGUGCAUCUCUCUUCACACCCACGCAGGUUCUCUUCUUCUUAGGUUUAGUGGCGGUUGGCAAGCGGCCUUUGGUGUGCAUUACCACCACCCUCUAAAUUUAAGUAAAAGUCACAUGGAUGUGUCACCAGCCUAAUUUAAAAGUCUUAGCGGCUAGCUGUUAGCUUUAGCUCCCACUAUUUUUUUUGCGUUGCGAAGCUAAUAUUUUAGUUAGUAGAAUAUGGGUUAAUGAGCUAACUUUUUGGUUAGUUGUACCCACCACAGCUUGUGCGUAUGAGCUCUGUCUGUUUGCAUGCGCACAUGAUAUGGUGAUCAUGCCUUUGUGAUUGUGUGUUUGUUAAAGUGUGUGUAUGUAUUUCUCUGUGUGUGUUUCCAUUGUCCCUAAUUACCUCUGCCGAUUUUAGGUGCUGGUUUAUUCUGACCUUGCUUGUUUAAUGAGAUUCAGUAAAAUUCAAAGUGUAGAGCUGUGCCAUCAUCAUUAUAAAAUCAUUGAGGACAAUCAAGAAUAAGGCUGUUUUUGUCAUUAUGUGACCUAAAUGUCCCAAUAAAAUAUGAAAAAGAGAAGAAUAAAACAGCCGCUCUGUGAUGUAGUGUGUCUCUUUGAGCCAUUCUUAUUUUUAGUUACUACCUUGUUGUUAUUGUACAUGUUGCCUUGUGUUUUAAAUCUGGUUUUAUCAUUUACCAAUUCUUGAUAAUAUUAGCUAAACGGAAUGUCGUUCCCAGGUGUUGAGUAAUAACUCUUGUUCAGAGCCACCAUCCACACUACAGAGAUAGCUAACAAAAAAAUUGGGGCUAAUUUUGGCUGAUUAGCUGUAGCUGCCUGUAGCUAGCAAUGUCUUAUAAACUGCACCUAUCAAGUGGAGAUUAACUGUAGCUAACUGUUGCUUAUUAAAUGUAGCUAUCUGUGGACAAUAAAUUCUAAAGUUAGCUGUGGCUAAUAAUUUGUAAAGCUGGCCAUUGUAUUUAGCCUGUAUAACUAAAGAAAAUUCACUGUAGCAACCAGUGGCCAACAAAAGUAAAGCUAGUUGUGUUUUAGUUAGCUGUAGCCAUCAGUGGCUAAUAAAUUGUAAAAACUGAUUUUUUUUUUUUUCUCGAGGUGCCAAGAACAAGAAAGAAGUUUGUUCUGGCCUUGACAUUUUAUAGUUCAUGAGAAACUGGACAGAAAAGCAUUACCACUUUUUCACAUUAACCAUGUUGUUGUCAGACAGCACACAAGAAAGUUCUUCCCCCAAGAAUAUGUCAAAUCAUGAGAAGUCCCAAACAGGUGCUGGAGAGAGAGAACAAAUAUCUUGGUACUUGCAGGCUACGUACAGGCUUUAACUCUGAUUCACAAACUGUAGACCUAGCUGUGGCUAAUCAGCUGCAGAUAAUUGUGGCUAAUAAUUCAAUUUACUAGACUAUAUUGAUAACUGUGUAUUUAGACAGCUGUUUGAACAUAUUGAAACAGCUUUCACUAUUCCUUUACCCUAUAAUUACAUUCAAUUAAUUAUUAUUUAGAAAAUGUCUUUAACUUAUGUAGAUGCCAUAAGUAAAAUUUAGAAUAAACCAAAAAUACUUAAAAGGAGUUUAUUUAAAAUUGUAAUUCAAGUCCGUAAGUGCACCUGUUUUGAAACACAUUAGUUCUUAGUUUUAAGGGGGAAAAACAUUCUUAUUUUAAUAAUAGGGGUAACCAUAUAAGUAUAAAGAGAUAUGUUUUUUUCUGAUCAGACUAUAUUUGUUGUUAAAUUAACAGUUAUGGUUACAAUUUUUGUCACAAAGAACGCAACAAGAUUUAUUAAAGCUGUAGGAAAUCAAAACCCAAAAACUAAUGUUACUUAUAUUUAUAUUCUUUUUGGUCAAUUUUAAUGUGUCCUUUUUAAUGUGAUUUAACCAGAUUAGGUAGGUAUUUCUGCUCCACCUAUCAAAUUUUUUGCCUGUAGAGAAAUUUAAAAAUCUUACAGAAAAUAGUGCAAAUCUUCUGCACAAAGUUUCAAAUUUGCUUAUGAAGGUAAAAACUGCAUUAAGAGUUUUUUUUUUUAAAAUCUAAAAUAUUUGAACCUACAAAUAUUCAUUGUAUUAAGACUGAAUUGAAAUCCCUGCUGAAACGUACAGUAAUUUUCUAGAAAAACUCGGGUUGAGCUGUAUGUGGAUUUACCUUUAGUUGUUGCGGCAGAAAUAAUGUUUUUUUUCUAAGAAAGUCAGAUUAUAUUAAACCAGGCUAUUGAAGAGAAGCUGUGUUUAUGUUAGGAGAACUGUACAUGUGUAUGGCUAUUGUAAGGAUUGUGCUCUUGUCUCAAAGACUGGUGUUUGUGAGUGUAGUUGUAUAUGUUGUCCCUUAAUGGAAGUCUUCGUGUUUUGUCAUUUUUCUCAAGUGCCUGUGUUACUGACUGUUUCUGUCCUUCCUCCUGCUCCUCCCCCCACUGGUACAGCUCAGACACACCAGGUCAAGACAUCCUCAGUGACACUCAACUGCAUACCUCAAAGGGUUUAACCAAACAUUUGAUUAUAAAAUGUCCCCUGUAUUACCUGAGCUACAUCCUCAUGUUAAACUUGACUCAGGUAAAGCCAAAUGUGUAAAAUAGCGCUCUGACUGUUGGGGUGAUCUAACAUAUCUCCAGUGGUAACAAGUCGGUGUUUGCUUUGUAUUGUAACUGCAGUGCUUCAUGAUGUCUCUCCCCAUGUUGUAGAGUCCCUGUCAUUGUGAUUGCCUAAUUUCAUCCCUUCUCAGAACCAACCCCUCUUACAAUUCACCAUCGGUAGAGGUUUUCUGUAAGUGACAUCACUCACAUUUGAACUCAUCUUGUUUGGGUUGGCUGAUGUCAGUGAACAAACAAAAAGCCAGCAUGCUCUGUUGGUCUAUCAUUUGGGAGCUAAAGUACUGCUACCAAACCAUCAGCAAAAACAACCUUCACUGUUGAGUCCUUGUUGAUUUUUCUACUGAUUGUUUUUCUUCACUCCCUGUGCACACAAACCUCCCAAACUAGUCCUGUGACCUGUUCUUUGAUGUCUUUGAUUCCUCAAAUCAAGCUGAAGAUAUUAAAAUGUGAAAUAAAUCCUUCAUUCGUCUGA